GAGAAACUAGUUUGUUGGCGGCGCCCCGGCUGUACCUCAGUAGCAACGCGCUCAGCGGCUUUGGCGAGCUGGGGGAGGGGAGCAGCGGCGGCGAGGGCUGCGGAGCCUCGCGCGGGCGGCUAGGGGCCUCUGAGCGCGGCGGGUGGCGACGCCCCGAGUGCCGGCGACGAGCCUGUGUCUGUCUGCUCUGGGGACCCACACUCUGAGCCCCAAGUCCUGGGCCCGGCAGAGGACGCCAGAUGAGGGGGCAGGUGGAGCGUUCACUGUGGCCCAGGAGCCUGGAGUCGCCUGUCGGGACCAGGGAGGCUCCGAUGGCUACAGGUUUUCCUGCUGCUUUGGUUGAGGCAAAUCUGGAUUGCUUUAGCGUCCCGCUGUCACCCAGGACCUUGUCUUGGCCUCCCCUUGGGACCUCGGAAUCGAGCAGGUGUCCAGAGGAUUGGCUCAGCAUGUCGGUCAGCGUCCAUGAGACCCGCAAGUCGCGGAGCAGCACGGGCUCCAUGAACAUCACGCUGUUCCACAAGGCCUCGCACCCCGACUGCGUGCUGGCGCACCUCAACACGCUGCGCAAGCACCGCAUGUUCACGGACGUCACGCUCUGGGCCGGCGACCGCGCCUUCCCCUGCCACCGCGCCGUGCUGGCCGCCUCCAGCCGCUACUUCGAGGCCAUGUUCAGCCACGGCCUGCGGGAGAGCCGCGAUGACACGGUCAACUUCCAGGACAACCUGCACCCCGAGGUGCUGGAGCUGCUGCUGGACUUCGCCUACUCGUCCCGCAUCGUCAUCAACGAGGAGAACGCAGAGUCGCUGCUCGAGGCGGGUGACAUGCUGCAGUUCCAUGACGUGCGUGAUGCAGCCGCCGAGUUCCUGGAGAAGAACCUGUUCCCGUCCAACUGCCUGGGCAUGAUGCUGCUGUCGGACGCCCACCAGUGCCGCCGGCUCUACGAGUUCUCGUGGCGCAUGUGCCUGGUGCACUUCGAGGCUGUGCGGCAGAGCGAGGACUUCAACAGCCUGUCCAAGGACACCCUGCUGGACCUCAUCUCGAGUGACGAGCUGGAGGCGGAGGACGAGCGUGUGGUCUUUGAGGCCAUACUGCAGUGGGUCAGGCACGACCUGGAGCGGCGCAAGGCCCACCUGCCCGAGCUGCUGCGCGGCGUGCGGCUGGCCCUGCUGCCGUCCGACUGCCUGAAGGAGGCCGUGUCGGGUGAGGCCCUGCUCAUGGCCGACGAGCGCACCCGGCUCAUCGUGGACGAGGCGCUGCGCUGCAAGGCCCGCAUCCUACAGAACGACGGCGUGGUCACCAGCCCCUGUGCCCGGCCGCGCAGGGCCGGACACACGCUGCUCAUCCUUGGGGGCCAGACCUUCAUGUGUGACAAGAUCUACCAGGUGGACCACAAGGCCAAGGAGAUCAUCCCCAAGGCGGACCUGCCCAGCCCCCGCAAGGAGUUCAGCGCCUCGGCCAUCGGCUGCAAGGUCUAUGUGACCGGGGGCCGGGGCUCCGAGAACGGGGUCUCUAAGGACGUGUGGGUGUACAACACCGUCCACGAGGAGUGGUCCAAGGCGGCGCCCAUGCUCAUCGCCCGCUUCGGCCACGGCUCGGCCGAGCUGGAGAACUGCCUCUAUGUGGUCGGAGGGCACACGUCCCUGGCUGGCGUCUUCCCGGCCUCGCCGUCUGUCUCCCUGAAGCAGGUGGAGAAGUACGACCCCGGGGCUAACAAGUGGACGAUGGUGGCCCCGCUGAGGGAUGGUGUCAGCAAUGCCGCAGUCGUGAGCGCCAAGCUGAAGCUUUUUGUCUUCGGGGGGACCAGCAUCCACCGCGACAUGGUGUCCAAAGUCCAGUGCUACGACCCUGCAGAGAACCGGUGGACGAUCAAGGCCGAGUGUCCCCAGCCUUGGCGGUACACCGCUGCCGCCGUCCUGGGCAGCCAGAUAUUCAUCAUGGGAGGCGACACGGAGUACACAGCUGCCUCGGCCUACCGCUUCGACUGCGAGACCAACCAGUGGACGCGGAUCGGGGACAUGACUGCCAAGCGCAUGUCCUGCCACGCCCUGGCCUCGGGCAACAAGCUCUACGUGGUGGGGGGCUACUUCGGGACCCAGCGGUGUAAGACCUUGGACUGCUACGACCCCACCUCGGACACGUGGAACUGCAUCACCACCGUGCCCUACUCGCUCAUCCCCACGGCCUUCGUCAGCACCUGGAAGCACCUGCCCGCAUGAGGCGCACCUGUAGAGCCCAACCAGCUAUUAUGAACCAUAAACUCAAGAAUGUGGACACAGGGCUGUGACAGCCACAGAUUAAAGAGGAGGCCCUUCCCAACAUCCCACUACAAGCCCUGAAGACCACAACAUCAAACACACCACCUAUCAAGGGGACAACAACGGCCAACACACCUUGGAGAAAGACGAGGCUGGCAUCCAUUCCAAAAACAGCCCUUGCACCAAAAAUAUUGGAUUCACACAGCCUACACAAGGAUGCUCCACAUAAAAACACCCCUCAAGACCACAGUAGGUAAUUGUUUCUUCUAAAUUUGUAGAGACAAACAUAAAAUGAAAAAGCAGAGGAACUAAUCCCAAUUAAAAUAUCAAGAGAAAUCCUGUGAAAGAACAAAUAAUGAAGCAGACCUCACCAGUCUACUAGACCCAGAGUUCAAAGAGGAGGUAAAAAAAAAAAAAGUAAUUAAGAAAGGUUAUUGAUGGAAAUACAGAUCACUGUAACAAAAAUUAGACACUAAAGAGGAACCAAUCAAAAUUGCUGAGAUAAAAACCAAUCUAGAAGCAGUGACUAGCAGACUAAAAAUGCAAAACAGUGAAUAAGUGAUCUGGAAGAUAGAAUAAUGGAAAUCACCCAAUCAAAACAACAGACAAAGAGACAAAUGAAAAAAAGGAAGAAAACAUGUAUGGGACAAUAUAAAACCUGCCAACUUACACAUAAUAGGGGUUUCAGAAGAAGAAUAAGAGAAAGGGAUCGAAAAUGUAUUUGAAGAAAUUAUGGCUGAAAACUUCCCAACCCGAAAAAAUGAAACCUAUCCAGGUACAGGAAGCACAGCGAGUCCCAAACAGACCCACACCAGGAUAUAUCAUAGCUAAAAUGGCAAAAGUUAAAGAGGACUCUAAAGGCAGCAAAAGAAAAACAGAGUCAGUUACAAGGGAACCCAUGUAAGACUAUCAGCUGAUUCCUCUGCAGAAAAUUUGCAGGCCGGGAGCGGGUGGCGGGAUAUAUUCAAAAUCCUGAAAGAAAAACAAACAGCCUGCAGCCUAGGAUGGAUACUGUACCCAGAAAGAUUAUCAUUUAGCUAGAAGGAGAGAGAAAGAAUUAUUAAUCAGACAAGCAAACACUAAAAGAAUACAGCAAUACUAAACCUAACCAAAAAGAAAUAUUGAGAGGUCUUCUCUAAAUAGAAAAGAAGCAAGAAUCUAUAGGAAAGGGAAAAUCACAAUGGGAAAGGCAAAUUACACAAGAGGAUUAAAAUCAUUUAUAUAAACCAGUACAUACAUUAAAAUACAAUCAAAAAAUUUUUGUAGAAGUGAUUAUAACUUUUAGAAUGUGUUUGAACUUAUACGACUGUAAGUCUAAAGCAAGUAGAUAUAACCAUGAGUUAACAUACUUGAAAACCACGGUAACUGCAAAGGAAAAGCAUACAAUAGACUCACAAAAGCCAAAAAAGAAAGGAACUCAAGCAUAACAAAAAAGAAAACCAUCAAACCACAAAAGGAAAAAUAAGAAGAAAUGAACAAAGAACUACAAAGUCAGCUAGAAAACAAGGUUUAAAAUGGCAAUAAGUGCAUACCUAUCAGUAAUUACUAUCGGUAAUUACUGAUAGUAAUUGACCUAUCAGUCAAUAGACUAAAUGUUCCAAUCAGAAGACAUCAAGUGGCAGAUUGGAUAAGAAGACAACCUACAAUAUGCUGCCUACAAGAGAUUCACUUUAGAGUGAAAGACUCACACAGAUGGAAAGUGAGGGGAUGGAAAAAGCUUUCAUGCAAAUGGAAAUGACGAGAAAGUGGGGGGUCACAGUACUCAUAUCAGACAACAUAGACUUUAAAACAAAGUCCGUUAAAAAAAAACACACAAAGAAGGACAUUAUAUAAUGGUAAAGGGGUCAACACAAGAAGAGGCUAUUGCACUUGUUAACAUAUAUGCACCCAGUACAGGAGCACCUAAAUAUAUAAAACAAAUACUGUCAUAAAGCAAGAAAUUGAUGGGAAUACAAUAAUAGUAGGAGACUUUAACACCCCACUGGCAUCAAUGAACAGAUCUUCCAGACAGAAGAUCAACAAGGCGACAGAGAACCUAAAUGAUACAAUGGAACAGUUAGACUUGAUAUCUACAGGACACUACAUCCAAAAAAACCAGCAUACACAUUCUUUUCAAGUUCACAUGGAACAUUCUCUAGGAUAGACCACAUACUAGGUCACAAAAUAAGUCUCAACAGAUUUAAGAGGAUAGAAAUUAUUUCAAGCAUCUUUUCUGAACACAACGGUAUGAAACUAGAGAUCAAUCACAGGAAAAACCCGAAUACAUGGAGAGUAAACAACAUGCUAGUAAUGAGCAAACCAAAGAGGAAAUCAGAAAAUACCUUGAGACAAAUGGCAAUGAGAACACAACCUUAUAAAAUCUAUGGGAUGCAGCAGAACAGUUCUAAGAGGGAAGUUCAUAGCGAUACGGGCCUUCCUCAAGAAAUAAGAAAAAUCUCAAACAACCUAACCUACCACCUAAAAGAAUUAGAAAAAAAAGCAAACAAAGCCCAAAGUCAGCAGAAGGAAGGAAAUAAAAAGAUCAGAGAGAAAAUAGAGAUUAAAAAAAAACCAAAACAACAAUGAAACUAAGAUGGUUUUUAAAGAAGAUAAAUCAACAAACCUCUAGUCAGCCUCACCAAGAAGAAAAAAGAGAGGACCCAAAUAAACAAAAUAGGAAAUGAAAGGGGAGAAAUAACUACUGAUACCACAGAAAUACAAAAAAAAAAAAAAAAUACUAGAAUACUAUGAACAGUUACAUGACAACAAAUUGGAUAACCUAGCGGAAAUGGACAAGUUUCUAGAAAUAUACAGCCUGCCAAAAUUGAGUCAAGAAGAAACAUAAUUUGAACAGACCAGUCACUAGAAGUGAAAUAGAACCUGUAAAAAAAACAAAACAAAACAAAACAAAACGAAAAAACUCCCUGCAAACAAAAAUCCAGUACUGGACGGCUUCACUGGGGAAUUCUACCAAACAUACAAAGAAGAACUUAUGCCAGUCUUUCUCAAACUCUUCCAAAAGAUGGAAGAGGAGGAAACAGACCCAAAGUCAUUCUGUGAAGCCAUUAUCACCCUGAUACCAGAAACAGACAAAGACACUAUAAAAACAAAUCACAGGCCAAUAUCUUUGAUGAAUAUUGAUGUGAAAAUCCUCAACAAAAUAUUACCUUGGCAACCGGCAGUCUAGUGAGCAGGACGCAUCAGGAUCACCAGGCAGCAGGGACUCGUGGUAUCCCCAGGCACAUGGCGUGGUCCCAAUCCUUCUGGUAAACAUUUCUUGGCCUGGGAUUGGGGCUGGGAAUCAGGAACAGGGGACUUGGCAACUUGUUUUCAAACGUUCCUGAGCCAGGUACAACUGCCAGGUGGGGGCAGGGAGGGCUGAUUCCUCUCCAACAUGCCUCCUGGUCCAUGCUGGGCUGGUCCCAGGCACGAGAGUUCACUUCAAAGUUUCACCGCAGCAUCCUGCUGGGGCUGCCUUCAGCCAGCACAAGCACACUGAGGAAUUUUCAGCAACAGAAGGACGUCCUUCAUAUAUAAACUUCUGUCAAUUGGACACCCUUUGUGUGUGGAGAAAGUUUACUUUUUUCCCCCACUGCUGCUGCAAUGAAAAAAAAAUCAAUAAAUAAGACUAAUAAAAAUAUAGGAAUAUUUAAAAUAAAAAAAUUAGCUAACUGAAUUCAGCAAUACAUAAGAAGGAUCAUACACCCUGGUCAAGUUGAAUUCAUGCCAGGUUUCAAGGAUGGUUCAACAUGUGCAAAUCAAUCAGUGUGAUAUACCACAUUAACAAAAGAAAAGACAAAACCCACAUGAUCAUCUUGAUAGAGAAAAAGCAUUUGAUAAAAUUCAACAUGCAUUCAUGAUUUAAAAAACUCUCACCAAGUGGGUAUAGAGGGAACAAAGCAAUUUAUGAUAACCCCACAGCUAAUAUGACAUUCAAUGGUGAAAAGCUAAAAGUCUUCCUGCUAACUAAAUUCAGGAACAAGACAAGGAUGCCCACUGUCAUCUCUUCUAUUCAACAUAGUAUAAGUCGUAGCCACAGCAAUCAGACAAUAAAAAGAAAUAAUAGGUAUCCAAACUGACAGAGGUAAAACUCACUAUUUGCAGAUGACAUGAUACUCCAUAUAGAGAACCCCAAAACUCCACACAAAAACUAUUAGAGGGGAAGCGUAAGCUGGAUGAAGUGAGAGAGUAGCACUGACAUAUAUACACUACCAAACGUAAAAUAGCUAGUGGGAAGCAGCUGCAUAGCACAGGGAGAGCAGCUUGGUGCUUUGUAACCGC